UUUGAUGGCGUCAUACACAAUCUAAAAAGCGGAAGUUUUAGGAAUCUUAGUUCGACAUGGGCGAGAGCCGCAAGAAAUUAAAGAGAUAAUCACUCUUAAUAUGAAGAGGCUACUGAAGUCCAUCCUUCUGCAUUGAAUUGUCACUUCAAAGGAGGCAAGAUGGGGUUUGGCACUGACUUGCAGGGCCGCUCAUCCCACGAGGCCUUGUUGAAGGUACAAGAUGCUGAAAUUAGACUUUUGGAAACACUCAAGCGGUUUAUUACUUCACGUAUUGAGGCUGAUCGGCAGUAUACAGCAAGUCUUACAAAAAUGGUUUACAAUGCAGCCAAAAGUGACAGUAAUGACCUCCUUGAGUUUCAGGACUGUUGCAGUGUUUUCAGAGCUUGGGAUACCAUACUAAAAGAGACAGAUAUCUUCAUCAAGCAAAUUCGAGAACAUUCGGAUGUAUUACACAGCCGAACACUUGACUCCUUGAACUUUCUUAUAGCAGAAAAGAAGAGUGCACGUCGCAAUUAUCUGGAUCUUCGCAAUGCUCUUGAUACAGAAAUGUCAAAGCGUCAAGAAGAUGUACAGAAAAACAAAUUGGAAUAUGGUCGACUCCUAGAUCGUCUGAAAUUGGAUAAGGCUAAAUUCCAGGAUGCACAAACCAAAGGUAAAGGAGGCAGCAAAGUGGAUGAUGCAAAAUCAAGAUUAAUCCGGACAAUGAGCCGCUUACAUAACCAGCAUAAUGACUACAUCCUGGCUGUGGCAGAAGCCAAUAACUAUCAGUCAAUCCACUGCCAGCAACUCUUGCCAGCUGUGCUGGAUUGCCAUCAAGCUAUUCAAGAACUCUUCAUUAGACAGCUAAAAUUUGUGCUUACGGAUUAUGCCAACAUGACAGACUUCACUUCAAGACCAUUUCAAGAUGUUGCCUUGCAUAUCUCCACUGAUGUUGAGCGCAUACAACCAGGAUCUGAGUAUGGUUCAACUUUCAUCAGCAAAUUCAGGUCUGAUCCUCUAACACCUAUUAAGUUUGAUUUUGACCAUAACUUUAUGGAUGAGUACUCAGGGAAGCUGAAACCUUCAGAACUUGUUUUGGAUGACUUGACAUUCGAAAACUUCCAGCACCGGCACACGCGAUAUACACAUGAACUGAAACAGGAGCAGAAGGCACUUGAAUUGCAUGAGGCUGAGUUGCAGGAUGCAGCACAUGCUGUAAUGCUUUCAGAGCAGCGUAUGAUUGAAGAGUCUUCUUCAGAGAGGAUGAAGGAGCUGAUAGAGAAGCACAAACAGCAAGAGCUGGAAAAGAAGGAAGUUGCUGAAAGGAAGGCACACAUUAGUCGCCUGAAAGAUUUAAUCAAAUUGACGGAGGCAUCAAUAACUGCCCUGGGAGAUUCUAAUCCACCACCAGCUUUUGAAGGCAAUGAUAUUGCUGAUGGGGAAACAGAGUCAAAUUUUUCAACGUCGUCCAGAGACAAAGACAAAAAAUUCAAAUUUCCGAGUGUACAUAUCUUUAAGAGGGGAGAUAAAUCAAAUGGCAGACAGAGACCAAAUUGUGAUGAUCUAGAUGAUGAUGACACAGAAGUGCGUCCAAGAGCAGGAGUAAGUGGCUACGAGCAAACAGAGUAUCAAGAUGCUAUUCCUACACAGAAGAGGCGUAUUGAAGACGAAGAGUGGUUCCAUGGUGUACUCCCACGGGAAGAAGUGCAGCGGCUUUUGACAGAAGAUGGGGACUAUUUGGUGCGCGAGAGCAAAAACCGAAAAACAAAUGAAACGCAAUACGUUUUGUCAGUAUUUUGGCAGGGCCACAAGCACUUUAUUAUUCAGGGCAGUGAGGAGACUGGCUGGCGUUUUGAGGGAGCUUCGUAUCCCACCAUUCAGGAGUUGAUUCAGAAGCAGCAUGCUUCGGGGCAGCCAGUCACCAAUAAAUCACAAGCUAUUCUUCAAAAGGCCAUCGUUCGGGAGGACUGGGAACUUUUAAAUGAUCACAUACACCUGGAGAUGAAGAUUGGCAAUGGUAAUUUUGGGGAAGUUUACAAAGGCAAGUAUGUCCCCAAGAAUAUGGUGGUAGCUGUGAAGACUUGUCGAGACACACUGUCUGAGGACCAACGCAAAAAAUUCCUGCUCGAGGGCCGUAUUCUGAAACAGUACAACCAUCCAAACAUUGUCAAAUUUAUCGGCAUUGCAGCACAGCGACAGCCUGUCAUGAUCGUCAUGGAGUUUGUGCCAGGUGGAGCACUGCUGACGUUCUUGAGGAAACAAGGUAGACUCCAAAGCAGACGGCAGCUGACUCAAAUGUGUGUAGAUGCUGCCAAUGGCAUGUCGUAUCUGGAGAAUCGAGGCUGCAUUCAUAGAGAUUUGGCUGCCAGGAACUGUCUUGUGGGUGAUAACAGUGUCAUCAAGAUCUCUGACUUUGGCAUGUCUCGUGAGGAAGAAGAGUACACAGUAUCAGAAGGCAUGAAACAGAUCCCUAUUAAGUGGACAGCACCAGAGGCUCUAAACUAUGGGAAGUACACAUCAUUGUGUGAUGUUUGGAGUUAUGGAAUUCUGAUGUGGGAGAUCUUUUCAGCUGGCCAGCAGCCGUACACAGGGUGGACUAAUGCACAGGCCAGGGAGAAGAUUGACGGUGGCUAUCGACUGCCACAGCCCACAGAUAUGCCAGACUCUGUAUACCAGAUCAUGAAGAGGUGCUGGGAAUACCAGCCUGAACGGCGACCUCAUUUUAAAGAGAUCUAUGAGAGCUUAAGUGACGCUGUCAAAAGAGUUUGAGCACUGUGGAUUUGAGUUGUAACAGCACUCACUAGUUGCAUCGGUAAUCUGGGGUGUCAAAUGAUGUUGGCAUGAUAAACGUUAAACAGAUCUGACAGUGAAGUGACCAGGGUUAGGAAAUUGAACGGGGCUUAUUUACAUUGGCUUGUGUUCCCAUCUUGUGUAUUGCUUUUCUGACACAUCAAUAAUGACUGCUAAAAUACACACUUCAUUUGUCUUUCAUGAUGUUUCAUAAGUGACAAUGAUGAUGAUGUAGUACAAGUCUACCUUUGUAAAGUACCCUUUUCUUCUUCCCAACCAAAAGGAGCUUAACUGUGGAACAGGACUGGCCAAUAUCUGGAAUGUCUGAUAUGUUGUUUGUCCAGGCCAUGCCAUUUCAUGUGCAUCAUAAAUUAGGCAUGUACCAAAUGCAUUCAGUCAUCUGCAUAGGCAUCAGUAUAGUGACAUUUUUCUUCUCCUCUCCCACACCCAUCCCAAUUUGUUUGCAGGUGCUUGAACUAAACAAUUGGAAUCUUUUUGCUGCUGAACUUAUUAUUAAAAAAUAAGUGGGUUUAUAUCUUUAUAAUGUAUUCAGUAUGCUAAAAAGUCUUACAAGAAAAAUCCAAAUAUGUAUGAAGCUGUAUAAUUUCUGAAUUUCAUUAGAGAAACCAAAAGACCACACUCCACACAAGCUAUCUAAUUGAAAGACAAUCAGAUCAAAAGCUCAACAAUGACAACUUCAGUUCAAGUGUAGCAAGCACCAUUGUUAGUUUAUUAUCCAUACUAUCUUACAUGUGCAGCUAAUUAUGGAAUCCCAUUAUCAUAUCACAGUUUUCUUGGUGUUACAUCAUAAAUUAUUGUUAGCAAUGUGCCUGCUAAGUAAAGAAUCAUUUAUUUUGCAUGGCAGUGUUUACCACAUACAAUGCCUGUGUGUUUGUACUGUGAACCUCCAGUUAAGGGUGCCUGUGAUAGACAGCAUAGGCUUAGAGCAUUGUCUCUAGCUAAUACAUUGGUUGCAUGUAAAAUCUUUUCAGAUGUCAAGCUUCAUGCCUGCUUGUGUAACUUUAUUGGUGUCUUCCAUUGUGUGCCAGCUGCUUGAGUAAUAGUUAAUAAGUGAUCUGGGUUAUUGAAUAUUCAUCUUUCUAGAAUUUGAUUUGAGGGCAUAUGGAAAUCUUUAGAAAGAGGAAGUGUUUGGAAUCUUCUCACUUGAAAGU